CCAAAUUCCUACUGCGUUUCCGCGACGUACAUAAUAGAACUAAACAAAGUAGCAAAACAAACGAAUUAACGAACAAUAGAAUUCCACUGAAACAGUGCGGUUUCUGGAAGUUCACCUGGAUUUGAUCACCAUAAACAUUACCCUGUGAACUGAUGAUGCAAUUUCUGAGGAAGUUUUCAUACAAAGCAUCUCUCGUUCGUGCGGUGGCCCUGGCGACUGCUGGCUCAGGAAUAUUUUGCUACACGGCGCCUUCGGAUUACGAUGCAUCGAUAUCAGUUUCAAUCCCUUCGCACUUUAGGACUUCCUUAACAUGGCCCCGUGGAACAAAUGAGAAGAAUAACCAUCAUUUUGUGUUUACUCGUCCCAACCCUUCACAAUAUGGUGUUAUCCCGCUAUCUUUCUCAAAGCCAGAUGCUAUCCCAGAUCCUGGCAUAAGUAAAGGAGCUGCAAUAGAUGCUGAAGAUAGCCCGAAACCUUCAUGCAAUUCAUGCAACUGCCUUGGCCGCGAUACAAUCGCAAAUGCCGCUGCCAAGAUUGGUCCUUCUGUUGUUAAUUUGUCAGUACCUCAAAGUUUUCAUGGUAUGACUGUGGGUAAAAGUAUUGGCUCCGGAACUAUUAUUGAUAAGGAUGGUACUAUCUUGACUUGUGCCCACGUGGUGGUUGACUUUCAAGGAUUAAGGACUUCAUCUAAGGGAAAGGUUGAAGUGACUUUGCAAGAUGGUCGGUCAUUUGAGGGUACAGUGGUGAAUGCUGAUUUACAUUCUGACAUAGCAAUAGUGAAGAUCAAGUCCAAAACUCCACUUCCAGCUGCUAAACUUGGGAAUUCGAGAAAGCUUCGCCCUGGGGACUGGGUGUUGGCUAUGGGGUGUCCUCUUACCCUUCAGAACACAAUUACAGCUGGUAUUGUAAGUUGUGUCGACCGUAAAAGUAGUGACUUGGGCCUUGGAGGCAUGCACAGGGAGUACUUGCAGACUGAUUGUGCUAUAAAUCAGAUAAACGUUUGUGACGGUUGCUGUUUUGCUUAUCUUUUGGUUGCAGUUCUGCAUUGUGUAUGUUCAAAAGAGGAUAUUGAACAUGUGGAACACUAUCUUGGAUUUGAUCUUUUACAGCCAAAACCUAUUUUAUUGUGCAUUGUUAUGAAUGAUGGCUUUAUAAUGGAUGUGCCGUUCUUUCAGGGUAAUUCAGGCGGACCUCUUGUCAAUGUUGAUGGGGAAGUUGUAGGAGUCAAUAUUAUGAAAGUGUUGGGAGCUGAUGGAUUAAAUUUUGCUGUUCCUAUUGAUUCUGUUUCAAAAAUAGUCGAGCACUUCAAAAGGAACGGGAGAGUUGUUCGGCCUUGGCUCGGUUUGAAAAUGCUUGAUCUCAAUCACAUGAUCAUUGAUCAUCUCAAAGAGAAAAAUGUUUCCUUUCCGGACGUCAGCAAAGGAGUUCUUAUACCGGUGGUAUCCCCAGGUUCGCCAGCCGAUCGUGCUGGAUUCCAUCCUGGAGAUGUUUUAGUUGAGUUUGGAGGAAAGCCUGUAGGAAGCAUUAAAGAGGUGAUCGAAGCUAUGGGAGAUAAAGUUGGGAAGCCUUUGAGAGCUGUUGUGAAACGAGCGAAUAAUGUUACCGAAAUAUUGACUGUAACUCCUGAAGAAGCCAAUCCAGAUAUGUGACCUUUUGAGGGUUCUUCAUUUCUUUACUUUUUUCUUUUUUCUUUUUUCGAACUUUUUUUGCUCCUGGGAAAGAUAGUUAUCAUUUCGUGUGCAGAUGAAGACUUUUCAAUCCUGAUGAUAUGCGACCGAAAAUGUUAACUUGCUUACAAGUUACAACAUACUUUGUGAUAUAUAGACAUACAUUAUUAUAUAUUUUAGUUAGAAACAUAAAUAUAUUAUAUCAUUUGUUGUAUUAUUCGAUUUUCACAUCAUUUAUUAUAGCGCAUAAUAAAUAUGUAGUGG